AUGUACCAACCUCUCCUCCAGGCCAGUGAGAUGUUCAGACGGCUUUCGGCAAGAAGAAGAUGGGAAAUGCAACUGGGUUUGGUCAGCCCCUUCCGAUACGAUAUUAGCGCAUAUCAUGACAAUGAGAGACAAGGGAAGCAAAAGAUUCUGGAGAAGUAUGUUCAGACUUGUGGCCUUGCAGGGGUGCAGGUUGAGACGCUAUACGAAGAGAUGGACUCUAUUGAGAAGGGGAUUGUGCAGCUCAUAUCUCAGCUUAGUAUUAAGUGGCUUAUUAUGGGAGCGGGAGUUAGUAAAUCUUGUUCAAGGGGCAACAAGACUAUUCUUAAGAAGAUUUUCUUCUUCGGAAACAGUACAAGAAAAAUUACUAUACCCAAGUCUAAGAAAGCUACCUAUGUACAUCUAAAAGCACUUAGUUCGUGUCGCAUUUCAUUUAUUUGGGAAGGGGACCUUAUACGUACAAGGGAAAGUAACGUGGACGGAAUUAACACUGAGACAGAGUCUGCAUCACUUCAACCAAGUCUGGAUGCUGAAACUAUGCAGCAUUCCUCGAGAUCAAAGUCAGUUACAGAAGGGCAAAAUGGCAGAUUAAACCUGUCAGGUUCAGUUACAAACUUUCGUAGAUUCAGGUCUUACGAUCACAGGAAGAGAAUCUUAUCACCACCAGAUGGCUCUGGUGUGGUAACUUCACGGAGAAGGUUGAACCCAGAAGGGAGCACAGAUCAGGAUAGCCCAUCAAGGGAAAGUAAGGUGGAUGGAAUGAACAUAGAGACAGUGUCCGCAUCACUUCAAGCAAGUCCAAAUGCUGAAACCAUAGAGUCUUUUUUAAGAGAUCUCUCAGUUACGGAAGGGCAAAAUGAUCGAUUGAACCUACCCGAUUCAGUUCCAAACUAUGCAGAAGUGAGCACUAAUCAGGAUAGCCCAUCGAGGAGAAGUCCUUCAGUAAGUUCACUAUUUUUUACAUGCCCGUCUAGUGAAAUUAUCGAGGAUACAGCCUCAGUCUCCCUUUCAAGUACUGAGGAGAAUGAAAUUUGGUUGGAGUUUCCUAUGCCCGAGGAUAAUGAAGGGGGAGGUCAUCGUCAUUCGUCUGUUGCUUUCAGUUCUUUCGAAGACGAUUAUUGUAGGUUGGCUCAAUUUGUGACAAAAGCAGAAAUUUUCCUGAGGGAUGCGCAUGAAGAAUUAGCCAGGCGUAGGAAAGCUGAAAAUGAUGUAAUUGAUGCUAUUGGCAAGGUUAAAGCAUCUGCAACCAGGUAUGCUGAGUUGUUACGACACAAGUUAGAAAUAGAAGAAUCACUAGCAAGAAGCAAGGAAGACGUCGAGAAGUUGAAAAGCGAGCUAGUUGAAGUCAUGAACGUGCACAGAUCCCAAAUUGCUGAUUCCGGAAAGACGGUACAGGAGUUGGAAUGGAAACUGUUUUCUGCUGUUGAACUGUUGCAUAUUAUAUAA